AUGGAAACUCUGACCUUGAACGCCAGGAGCAUUCUAUAUCGGUUGUGCCAAUAUCAAAAGAUAGUGCCCACAACUGGUGUAAUGUAACAUAGCAACACUUUGCACUCAACAAGUUGCCAUUGUCUUUGUCCCUUAGGUACCCGUUUCCUACGGUGUUCAGCACCUGCAGUAAGAAGGACCUUGCAGCCAGUUUGGAGAAGGGAGUGGGGAUGUGUCUGUACAACAUGCCUGAGGUCAAGGUGCUCUAUGGGGGACAGAAAUGUGGCAACGGAUACGUGGAGGAGGGAGAGGAGUGUGACUGUGGAGAGCUGGAGGUACAGUAACGUUCAACCACACAGAGGAACUUUUUUCAUAUCAUAUUGUACAGUUUAAAUACUAAAUGUAUUGGACCACCAGUCACUAUCCAGACUAAAGAACACAAAGAAAUACAACAAACCAUGAACACUCGCACAGAAUAACAACAAAUGACACACAGUAACUACAAGCAGUCAAAACUAUAGCAAAGCACAACAACUCACACAAAGCCCCACAAGAAAGCACAAGCAUAUGAAAAUGUGCUUGUGUUUGUUUGUUUGUGUAGCGUGCUUAAUUCUGCGCUGUGUCUGAAAUAGCGUCACUCUGAGAACUGGAUUGAUUUGUGGGGAUUUAUUUGCCACCUGCAGAGAGUUGACAAAAAUAGGUUGCAGUGUCAGCUCAUGUGCACAUGCUCUCGCGCACCUUCUCCGAAGGAUAGGCAGACGAGAGAACUCACAAAAAUGUAUUGUGGUGCACACAUGCCAUGCACCUAGCACACCACAACACAUACACCACAGUACUAAAUAAAACACACAACAAUUUGCAAUUCUCAUUAUAAAUGAUAUUACAACAUACCUGCAGAGAGUUGACAAAAACAGGUUGUAGUGUCAGCUCUUGCGCACAUGCUCUCGCGCACCUGUCAGGGCACAGCAAACCAUUAAGUACAUGGAAACAAUACGCCAUCAUACUCCACAGGCUACAUGGCUAACCUAGCUAGCGAGCUACAGUAAAUACAACUUUUUAAAAUGCACUCAUGCAUGGCAAAUAUAAUUAUAUACAAUGAGAAUUGCAGCAAAAUAUAUUUACACAAAUGACAACUUUACUCCCACUUAAAGAACAUAUUGACAUGUUUUUACACUUAAAAUAGAGGAGCAGAGGACAACAUACCUUCUCCCAAGGAUAGGCAGACAAGAGAGGACGAUAAAAGGGGAAGCAACAGGUUACCAAACAAAUGUACCAAACCAACCAAGGAUGCACCAUCAAACCUGACAUUACACACUUUUUUAAACACGAGAUAAUAUAGUUUAGUGUUUUUACAUAAAAUUAAAUGACAGCAACCCAGCUGUGAUAAAAGAAUACACAUACAAUGGAAUGUAAAUUAAUACAAAAAUAAAUGUAUCACCUCUUGAGGGGACCCAUUGACCCAGUCCUCUCUGCUCUAUCAAAAUAAGAGUCCUUUUGUACAACUCCUUCAAAAUAAAAUGCCUGUGCAUAAUCUAGGGUAACAACAUCACUCUGCCACAUUUGCAUACAUAUAGUUGUAUGCCAUGCUGUCAACAUUGUUAUUUUGCCUCAAAGGCAAUGACAUAGAUAUGUAAAACAACUCCAUGCAUAACAUUACAAAACACUGGAGACCAUCAGCUAUUUGCAGCCAUUUACUCAGACCCCUGUCAGCCUCCCAUAUGUGCCGAGCACUGCCCUGAUACUGUGCCACAAUGUCACAUCCUGUUAAUUUACUCAUUAAUCAAGUGUGCCGGCCAGAUUUGUGACAAUCCUAAUAAACAAGAGGGUAAUCAGGGCGAGGUGGAGCUUUCUUUGUCUGUGCCAUCAAAACAACAGAGCACCACACUGACAUGGCUGCCAUGGGAACUGAAACCAGUCCAAACCAGUCCAGACCCACAUCUGGGGAACAGGUACUGGAGCAGCAUUCAGCAUCACUCUAACUCACAACCACAGCAGCUGCUCUCACAUCCCACAGAAUAUGAUAAAUCCCUUUGGCACUGUGCUUAGGUGUUAGUCUUCAAACAGAACAACAAGAAAGCAGGUCAUGAACCGGAUGUGGGAGUGUUGUUGUUGUCAUUGUUGUCUUAAGGAUGACAGAAUGGUUAAGGAUACCGUUACGGAGGCUUUUGAUGAAGAUGCAUUUGAUAUGCAGACAAUUGAACUCUUUUAGCACUCCCAUUCCAUCAUACACCCACAUAAUCUUCUCUCUGUAUCCACUCCUCUCCGAGAUGACUAGCUAAUUUACUGCGGCAUCCAAUGACUAAACUAAUAAACAGAACAUAUCUGUGCUCUUGAGUCUACUCGGAUGAUACACACUGAUGUCAUUCGGUCUCAAGUGUUUACAGAUUUGUCAAGUAAUGAUGAGACCAGUAUCCCCUCAAUUACAGUAUGAGGUAUUUCCAAUCAGGCAAUGAUUAGAAAGCCGUAAUACCAGCUGUGUGGUUUGGGUUGGCAUAUUGCCGUUCCAUUACCCCCCCCCCCCCCCCCCCCCCCCCCCCCGUGCCCCUCCGUGACCCGGUGAUGUCACCACGGGCCCAAUAGGCUGACGUCAGGCCACAAGAGCACAGCCAAUCCCAUAAAAUUCCCUUCAACAUUGAAGCAGCAGCCAACUAAGCCACCUCUAGUCCUGACCCAUCAGCAUCAACACGUCGUCAGACCAGAGUCAACACACCAGGGCCUUGUUGGGAAGUAAAGACAAAGGAGAGAUGGUGUAGCUGGAGUUCAGCCUCUAAUAACAUAUCUAAAAGGGAUUUCAACACUGUUCUGUACUCUUUAACGCUGUCUUUUACUCCUUUAAUCUAUCACAUUAACCAUCUACUUCUACCUCUCUCCCUCUCUUAAUCCCAGUUAAUUUCUCACACCAUCACCUAUCUGCCUCUCUCUAACCCCCCUUCGUACACUUCAUCUCUUUCUCUCUGUGGUCGGCUCAACUUUUCUUUUCAUUGUGUUUCAGUGUUUGUAAUCUCCAGCACUCAGGAGCCUCAAAGCCCCACCAACCUCACCACACCCUCAACCCACUCAAAUACCUCUACAACAUCCUUUCACUACCUUCACCUUCAAUAAAAUCUCAAACAAUGUCCCCUUACCCUACCACACCCCAACCUACAAUACACCCUAAACUUGAUCUGUGUCUCUCCACAUCCACCCACCCAUUGUAUAGAAUGCACAUCAAUGGACAUUAAAACAGAAUGCUGUUUUAACACCAGAGCGAAGCCAAUUCCGAAACAUAUGAGCCCCGUACAGGGACCGAAGAUAUGUUUACCCUGACAGCGAAUGGGCUCUCUCCUGUCUGUUUGUGCCAUAGUAUUGUGGUCCUCUAUAGUGGUCCUCUGUAGCUCAGCUGGUAGAGCACGGCGCUUGUAAUGCCAAGGUAGUGGGUUCGAUCCCCGGGACCACCCAUACACAAAAAAUGCACGCAUGACUGUAAGUCGCUUUGGAUAAAAGCGUCUGCUAAAUGGCAUAUUAUUAUUAUAUUAUAUUAUUGUGUCUCCAGGCUUUAGCUCACAGCGUUAAGGGGCUGUGCUGUGCUCUCCCUGACCAACUGACCUGGAAGGCUGAUCUGACACGAACAAAGCAGCAACAACUGAGAGUCGGGGGUCCAGACCGAUAAUGAGGUCCAUUUGUUGUUUUGUUUUGUGUCUCUCAGGAAUGCAUGAACCCCUGCUGCAAUGCCACCACCUGCACCCUGAAGGGAGAUGCCGUGUGUGCCCACGGACAGUGCUGCGAGGACUGCAGGGUAAGACUGCUCUUUCUGUUUCUAUCUUUCUCUCCCUCCCUUGCACUUUUGCUCUCUCAGGCUGUGUCUUUUCUCCCUCUUUCCUCCCUGUCAAAAUGACAAAAAGCGUGGAAAUCUAAUUCUCUCUGCUCCAUUGGCAUGUGUUACACAAGAAAGAGUUUACAGUAAAAAAAAAAAAUGUAAUCAAGGUGUAUUCAAGCACAGGGCCCUCCGCAGUACACAAAAGAUGCCAAACAUGUUCAAUUUAGUUUGCCCUUCUGAUUCCAUUGUCAUUGAGGUGUGUGUGUGUGUGUGUGUGGUUGUUUGUUUGUGUGUGUAUAUAUAUAUUCUCUCUGCAGCUGAAGCCUGCUGGCACACCGUGUCGAGAGUCCAGUAACUCCUGUGAUCUGCCAGAGUUCUGUACUGGUGCCAACCCCCACUGCCCUGCCAACGUGUACCUGCACGACGGGCACUCCUGCCACAAAGUGGACGGAUACUGCUACAACGGCAUCUGCCAGACCCACGAGCAGCAGUGCAUCACACUAUGGGGACCAGGUCAGUAGAGCGCCUACCAAUGGACUAGAAGUCUUGAUUCAUGUUUUUGUCUUUGACAGUCUUCCAUGUUUGGAGAGAUAAGAUGAGUACAUCUGUAACUUUCCUUAACUCUUGAAGUAGCUAAAGAACAACUAAUCCUAGCUUAUAAAUCAGUGUAAUGUCAAGGGAGAGGCCAUGCAGCACCUGGACAGCACAAGCUGACAGACAUCAUGUAAACAAUCAUUUUUAUGAUGACAGGUUCCUCCUCAGUUGACUUGCCUUAACAUCUGGUGGUCAGGGGUUACCUUUUGCUCAUGUUAUGCUUUGUCACAUCUCUGACAGAUCACAUCUCGCUCUCUCCCUCUUCCCCUCCCUCUCUCACUCAUUCUCUUCCCUUCUCACUCUCACUCCCCCCCCCCCCCCCCCCUUCUCUCUCUCUCUUUCUAUCUUCCUCUCUCUCUUUAUCCUGCAGGAGCCAAACCUGCCCCAGGGAUCUGCUUCGAGAGGGUCAACUCAGCAGGAGAUCCUUACGGGAACUGUGGGAAGGACUCCAAAGGAUUGUUUGCCAAAUGUGAAGCCCGGUAAGACUGAGCAGCUGUUGUGAUGUAUGUCAUGUCUAUUGCCUUAAAAGCAAAAAGAGCUAGCUAGAAAGACCAAGGAAUAAAACAACAUUGUUUAUCUGAAUUGGUAUUAUCAAGAGUGCCAAUCGACAAUCAGCAUGGCACAUUAUAUGGGACAAAUAGCCUUGGAAGGAACAAUAAUUAAAAUCACAAUUUGGAGAUGGUAGAAGGCAAAUUACAGUUUGAAGUAUUCAUGAACACUUUAUGCUAAUCAUGUCGGCUAAUUGUUCUUGGAUCUCUAAUCAAGCAUUUGUUAAUUUAUGUAAUUGCUUUAAUGACUGGAGGACUGAGGGAGUCAUUAGGGUGAGACGAAGGCUGUCUAGUUGUCUUUCAUCUUUGGUUAAAAUUACACACCAUCUCUCACAUGUCAGAGAUUGUCAGUGUUUAACUUUAUGCCUUGUCAUUUGUGUGUGUGUGUGUGUGUGUGUGUGAGUGCGUGCGUGCGUUCGUGCGUGUGUGCGUGUGUGCGUGCGUGCAUAUGUGGGUUGUUUUCUUUACACAGAGACGCAAAGUGUGGUAAAAUUCAGUGUCAAGGAGGGGCCAACCGGCCUGUGAUUGGCACCAAUGCCGUCUCCAUAGAAACCAACAUCCCUCUUCAGGAAGGAGGGAGGAUCCUGUGUCGGGGGACACAUGUCUACCUGGGUGAUGACAUGCCUGACCCUGGACUGGUUCUGGCUGGCACCACGUGUGGAGAGGGAAUGGUGAGGGCACUCUGUAGGGCGCUGCACCUGUUAUCAAGCAGAACUAGAGUGAGACUGUAGUCACCAGUGGUGGAGAUAAUGCCCAAUCUUGUCUUGGCCCAAUUCCAAACCAAUCACUUACUCUCAUCACUGGGAUCAGUGGAAUUAGGCCUCUUACGAAAGAACAGAGAAUGGAAUAGAUAUCAGUUCUCGGAAGAUAGACUUUCCAUUCUAGUUAACAUCACAUUUGGAGUACUACAGUACUUUACAUUUGAUAAAUCAUUUAUUCAAUAUGACUCUUUCUCUGUUCCAUAGAUGUGUCUGAAUCGUCAGUGCCAGAAUGUCAGUGUGUUUGGUGUGCACCAAUGUUCAGGGAAGUGCAGCGGACGAGGGGUGAGUACUCCAUGUUGGAGGGUAUCAUUUUAUGUUGAGUAUCUAGAAUGCAGUGACUUAUUUCACUCUAUUAGCUAAACACUGUUAUCAUGUCAAUAUUAUUCACUUAUCACAGCAUCUUAUUGACCUCAACAUUGCAUACAGUAGAGUAGUACAGUAGGCCCUUUACUCUGCUACACAGAGCGCCAAUGUAGUUAUCGUAGUUGUAGUUAACUCACCGCCCAUGAGUUAUGGCAGCUACUCCGAUGCUUUACAAUCAAUCUUCAUGGCUCCAGAUAGUUUAAAUCAAUCCCAUUUAAUGGCAUCAUUGAUGUUCUACUUAACGUGCCAUCCAUCAUCUUUUGGCAUAGAGAAGGCAGGCCAAACAGCACUAGAACAUACUAGCAAGUAGCUGUAGUCUGGAAGCAUUAAACUGCACUAGUCAAAAUGCUCACUUAUGUUUGAAGAGGUAUUAAUACUGCAAAGAGAAGCAUUUUAUGUUGUAUUUACUUUGUUGUUUAGUUCAAUGAAUGAAUGAAUGAAAAGCAGAACCCUGGCCCAGAUUUGCUUACAGUGACUGGCUUUUGAACCACUGCAUGGUUGCCCCACCUUUAACAGAGGUGAAUAUAAAACACAGAAUCAAAGCUGUAGUAAGAAAUUGCCUUAGUUUACCUUAAUAAUUAAGUUUGAUUGCUUCUUUGAAUUUUUAUUUGAACUUUAAUUGGAUGAUGUAUGAUUAAAAAAUGUGUUAAGAACAGGUGGAACUAGGUGGUGAUGUCACCCCUUGUGUGCUGUAGCAUUACUACUAACUACACAUUAGUGUCUUUAUUUAUCUAAAUUGAACAUUAUAUAUUGACUACAUUCAGACCAUAGAAUUAGGAAUUAGAAUACUAGAAUAGACAUGAACCUUCUUAUGAUGGUACAAAGGUCAGACGUGUUGGUCAGAGUUGGUCAACCAUGGUUUGCCAGUGCUGUGAUAAAAUAUUGUUUAAAACUAUGAAUGUGAAGAAUUCAUCUGCACUGUAUGUUUGUUAGCUAGCUAGCCAGACAGUUUUAGAGGAAUAAUUCCAGUAAUUUUUCAAAUGAACUGCCAAUAUGCCAACAUCCCAUUCAAACAAUGCAGUAAAUCCACAUCCAUACAAUUUGCUCAAAUCAGUUGAUGAUAGGACUUAGACAAGUUGUAAAUGCAACAAGUACUGAUAUUGUAUCAUUAUAGCCCUCACAGCAUUCCAAUAAAAAGAAUAUGGUCUGUUUACAUACACUGCUCAACAAAAUAAAGGGAACACUUAAACAACACAAUGUAACUCCAAGUCAAUCACACUUCUGUGAAAUCAAACUGUCCACUUAGGAAGCAACACUGAUUUACAAUAAAUUUCACAUGCUGUUGUGCAAAUGGAAUAGACAACAGGUGGAAAUUAUAGGCAAUUAGCAAGACACCCCCAAUAAAGAAGUGGUUCUGCAGGUGGUGACCACAGACCACUUCUCAGUUCCUAUGCUUCCUGGCUGAUGUUUUGGUCACUUUUGAAUGCUGGCGGUGCUUUCACUCUAGUGGUAGCAUGAGGCGGAGUCUACAACCCACACAAGUGGCUCAGGUAGUGCAGCUCAUCCAGGAUGGCACAUCAAUGCGAGCUGUGGCAAGAAGGUUUGCUGUGUCUGUCAGCGUAGUGUCCAGAGCAUGGAGGCGCUACCAGGAGACAGGCCAGUACAUCAGGAGACGUGGAGGAGGCCGUAGGAGGGCAACAACCCAGCAGCAGGACCGCUACCUCCGCCUUUGUGCAAGGAGGAGCAGGAGGAGUACUGCCAGAGCCCUGCAAAAUGACCUCCAGCAGGCCACAAAUGUGCAUGUGUCUGCUCAAACGGUCAGAAACAGACUCCAUGAGGGUGGUAUGAGGGCCCGACGUCCACAGGUGGGGGUUGUGCUUACAGCCCAACACCGUGCAGAACGUUUGGCCUUUGCCAGAGAACACCAAGAUUGGCUAAUUAGCCACUGGCGCCCUGUGCUCUUCACAGAUGAAAGCAGGUUUACACUGAGCACAUGUGACAGAGUCUGGAGACGCCGUGGAGAACGUUCUGCUGCCUGCAACAUCCUCCAGCAUGACCGGUUUGGCGGUGGGUCAGUCAUGGUGUGGGGUGGCAUUUCUUUGGGGGGCCGCACAGCCCUCCAUGUGCUCGCCAGAGGUAGCCUGACUGCCAUUAGGUACUGAGAUGAGAUCCUCAGACCCCUUGUGAGACCAGAUGCUGGUGCGGUUGGCCCUGGGUUCCUCCUAAUGCAAGACAAUGCUAGACCUCAUGUGGCUGGAGUGUGUCAGCAGUUCCUGCAAGAGGAAGGCAUUGAUGCUAUGGACUGGCCCGCCCGUUCCCCAGACCUGAAUCCAAUUGAGCACAUCUGGGACAUCAUGUCUCGCUCCAUCCACCAACGCCACGUUGCACCACAGACUGUCCAGGAGUUGGCGGAUGCUUUAGUCCAGGUCUGGGAGGAGAUCCCUCAGGAGACCAUCCGCCACCUCAUCAGGAGCAUGCCCAGGCGUUGUAGGGAGGUCAUACAGGCACGUGGAGGCCACACACACUACUGAGCCUCAUUUUGACUUGUUUUAAGGACAUUACAUCAAAGUUGGAUCAGCCUGUAGUGUGGUUUUCCACUUUAAUUUUGAGGGUGACUCCAAAUCCAGACCUCCAUGGGUUGAUAAAUUUGAUUUCCAUUGAUAAUUUUUGUGUGAUUUUGUUGUCAGCACAUUCAACUAUGUAAAGAAAAAAGUAUUUAAUAAGAUUAUUUCAUUCAUUCAGAUCUAGGAUGUGUUGUUUAAGUGUUCCCUUUAUUUUUUUGAGCAGUGUAUAUUUCAGAGGCUAUUUAUACAGAACAUUUGUAUAAAACCUUUAUUAACUGUUUAGGUUGACUAUAAUUCCAUUACAUAAUUUCUGAUACAUCACAUGCCUUACAUAAGUAAAAACAGGAAAUGCAUCACCUAUGCCACUACUGCCAUUAAUUCCAAUUAGACUGAUUUUGGAUUCCUCCCUGACCAAGAUGGCUGCCAUUUUCGCUCCAUUAUGGAACUUUGCGGGUUUAUGAUAUAUCCCCUCUAGUAAUUUAAUACGAUCUCUAUGACCCACAUGAUGUCACAAAUAUAACCAACCCAACACUGUAGAUAAAUCCAGAGCCAGGAUGCAUCUCCAUAUGUGGCUCUGUGUAGAUGUCAGUCUAUAUAACAUUAUAUGUGCAUGUGUGUUUACAAGUGUACUGUAAAGUACGUUGUGGCAUAAUCCUAUCACAUCCAUAGAUCUCCCCUCAGGGGUUCUUAUGUGUCCUUAAGUCUCCAGUCUUGACCUUGACCACCCCUGGCCCCAAACACUCCACACACAUAAGGGAAUGUCAGUCACUCCGAUGCAGGCAGGGAAAGCUCUUCCCUGUUCGGGGCCAGAUCCGAUCUGGAGCGAUCCCAGUCACAGGCCUCCCUGCAGCUGACAGCUGGACUCCAUUAUCCCUCUAGGGAAUUCUGUUGGAUCCUUCUUUCGCUCGGAAAACUGUGUUUUGGAAUGGGCUGUCCCCUGCACAUGUUUUCUCCAUCAUGUUUGACACUGCACAGUCUAUGGCGCCCACCACAUGAAAACCGAUGGGUCUGAUGGAACGAGUGUGUGGUUUAUUUGUAGAAGUAAUUCAAGCAUUUCAGAUGUGGGCUGGGAUCCUAUUUUCAUCUCUUUUCUGAGGAAUUGCAGGCCAGUGGUACAGAUGAAUGCAUCUCUCGUAUGUCAUGUGUGUCAUAGGCAAGUAUGAUGCAUACUGGUAGCUUAUAAAGUACGUAAAAGAAGUAAUGCAUACUUGCCAUAGAUCCUUGCACUGUAGUCGCUCACUACAUUUUUACAUUUUAGUCAUUUAGCAGAAGCUCUUAUCCAGAGCGACUUACAGGAGAAAUUAGGGUUAAGUGCCUUGCUCAAGGGCACAUCGACAGAUUUUUCCCCUAGUCGGCUCGGGGAUUAGAACCAGCGACCUUACUGGCGCAACGCUCUUAACCACUAAGCUACCUGCCGCCCACACACUACUGUGUGUCUGAUGAUCCCUAGAGCCUAGAGGCCUAGCACACAAGUCUCCCUGUACUCUGACCAGUGUCUAUUGAUAGAACACAUGGUAUAGACAGUAUUGUAUUGUACAGGUGAAGACACGUCAACUGAAUAUUAACCAGCAUGCAUUAUGAUUCUAGGUGUGUAACAACAAGAAGAACUGCCAUUGUGAGGAGCACUGGGCCCCUCCCUUCUGUGAGAGGGUGGGGUUUGGAGGCAGCCUCGACAGUGGACCAAUGAGACUGGCUGGUACAGUACACUCCGUCCUCUUUAUACUUCACUAACUUCACCCUCUGUUCCACUAACCUGGGCAGAGAGUAAGAAAGUUAGAUAAUAAUCAGAUUAACACCUUUAGCUGUACUUUCAUAACCUACUCACAGCAAGUUAGAGUUUCUUUGAAGCGCUACUGAGCUCUCCAAACUUACAGACGGAUCUACCUCAGUCACCUAUUCACCCUAGCUACAUAUAACUCAUUUCCCUGGAAAUAAUAAUGUAAAUAAUGUCACAUGUACUAAAACGCUGAUGUGGCUUCUAUUAACACGCUCUGUGUGUCUUGUUUGUGCUGUGAUGUAGAUGUGCGUGUGUGUGUAUUAAUGUGCGUGUUGUCGUAUGUGACGUCAGCUGACAGCAGGGUGGUUGCUGUGGCAAUCCUGGCCACCCUCCUCAGCCUGAUGGGUGCUGGGUUCCUGGUAUUCCUCAAGAGGAAAACUCUGGUCCGUCUGCUCUUCACCAACAAGAAGACCACCAUGGAUAAACUAAGGUACAGUAGGACACUUCCUCCAACACCUGUGUUUAAUCUUAUGUUCUAGAUGUCAAGACAGAAUACUUUUAUAGAGAUGCUUUCAUGUAGAGAUGAUUUUCUUGUAGAAAUGACAGAGAUAUUGUUUCUAAUAUGCAUUAUGGUUCCAGGGUCUCUCUCUGGUGAUUUUAUGUGUUCACAGCGAUAGUAACCUUGUGACUCCACUAACCAUGUGAGAGAAAGACACAUAGUCCUGCACAUAGUCCUCACAAUGGAUGGGACAUGUGUGUACAGAAGAAGUCCUGUUACUGUGUGUCUCAAAGCUGCAGCACCUAAAGAGAUGUAGAAUAGUAGUUAGUAGAAGACUAGUAUAGUAGUUGAAAUGUUACCUCUCUGUCUUCAUAGGUCUGUUGGGUCCACCAGAGCAACCAGCCUCAGCCAGACUCAGUCCAUGUACAGUUCACGACACAAGCCCCCAGCCAAGCCUCCAGGUGCCAGCGUAUACAAGGUGGGUCUCUUUCUGCUGGAGUUAAUGGGAAGCUGAUUUUCCCUGAUAGUCACUUUAGUAGAACACAGACUGUUACACGUGAGGGAGCUGGAGUUUUUCUCCCAACCUUCCCUUAUGAUCAAUUGAUUAGUAUGGUUCACUCAUAGGCCUACACAAUGGAUGAUGUAACAAGUACACUUUGCACUGUAUAAAAGAUUGGGAUAUGGAUAUAGAGAGAGCUAAAACGUGUGUUAGCAAAGAAGUAUUACAAACUAACUGCUGACAAACUAACGGUCACACACCAUUGGAUUUCUAAUGCAAUCAUACUGUAUCAAAACCCCAACAACACAACAGGGAAUCAAAUUGGACUGAGACUUGCCAUGCUUAACUGAACCUAUUCAUUCCAGACUUAUUGUCAAAACAAUUUGACGGCUAAGCGUAUAAUUGAUUUAGUCUCAGCGUCUCUCCCUUGAAGAAAUAUUAAUGAGGCCAGUAUUGCUGGCAGAAGGCUAAAGAAACUUUGAUUGAGAGGCCGCACCAUUUAAAUGAAAUGGUAAUCAUGGUGCAGUAUCAUUAUAGGGCAGUGUAUAAUGGUUCUGCCUGAGAUUUAAAAAAACAUUGUAUAGAGGGACACAGGAGAACAGAGUUGGAGAAUCAAGCGUAAGAGGCAAAUUGGGAUGGACUUGUUUUUGAAUUGAUAAGCGUGUGUAUGUGUGUGUGUGUGCGUAUGCAUUUGUAUGUGCAUUCCAACAGCCACAGUCGAUUCCCAUGGGGAACAGCUGGAGUGUAUCAUUGUGGUCAGAGUUCAGGGGUUAAGGGUUAGCUGGCUUGGGCAGGAAGGAUGAUUAACCCAGUUCUCUCUCCAAAACCAGUAUCGUCUCCUCUAGUGAACGUGACUCUGGCUCCUCAGCAGUAUUCAGUCCUGCUGUUUAGUGUUUGCUCUGGCAGUCACCGUUCCCCCUGUCCAGAUCUCCAGCAGACUCUCUGCAGGUCACCUGGCGUAGAGUAGCUACAGGCCAGGCCAAUUCAGCCAGUCCAUCCAUCUCUUGUGCAAUUGGGUUUAUUCUUGAGGACUAACAGCAGUUCUGGAUAGGCAAUCUGGUGCUGGCUUUGACCGUUUCAAUGUGUUAGAUUCACUUAGGCAGUCAAUAACAGAAAACAUACUAUGAAACUUGUUAAUUCAUAGUAAUAGUACAUCCAUGACAGAAAACAUGGGUAUAGUUUUACCCUGGGUUCUGGUUGCUGUGUCCAGCUACAUAGGUCACAGGGGUUUGAAAUGAUUGUUUGGGAGACUCCAACAGGGAAUAGGCUAAAUGAUCUGAGGAACAGCAGAGGGAGGAGAACAUAACAGCUCAAGCCCUGACCAAAAACUCCAACUAACAGCUCUCGCUUCUCUACCACCCUCCCUCCCUCCCCCUCCCCCUCCCUCCAUCCCCACAGCCAUCCCACCGGAGUUCGGAGCCUCUCCUCCCUCCACACAGUUUAAAUUCCCACAGCUUGCGGCGGCUGCCCCACUACCAGCCCAUCCACAUCAGCCACCCCAUGCCUGUCUUCCUGAGUGUGGGACAGCAACCCCUGCCCCCGGUCCCACCCCACCACAGGGCCCUGCCGGCCCACACUGCCCUCUCCCCACCGCGGGCACCACCUUUCCACAGCCUGCCCCGACAGCAGCCCUACAGGAUGGACCAGGUUAGUAGUCACUGUUCUGCCAUGCCAUCCGCUAUGAAUACAAAUAUCCAAUGUAUUUCCUGUAGGACUGCAAAAUUAAUCGAAUGCACAUCGAAAUCGCAAUAUUGACAUUUGCAAUAUCCAUAUCGCAAGAGAUUCAUAUCACAUGCAAUAUUUUGAAACGCCACUCAGCUGCGAGUAACGUUUGUUUUUAUAGUUUACUCCAUAUUUAUCUCUUCUUGCAGCUGCUUCCCACCAGCCCCGCGCGGUCAUUCAAGUAGCUCAGUUCCUCCUCCUCGCUGUUAGAUUCGCUAUACAUUUGUAUGCUGUUCUGUUAGGUCAAAUGUAGUCAACAGAUUGUUCCAAACAAGAAAGAUGCUGCUUUUUAAUAUAAAUCAUUAUAUUUAUAGGAUUCAGUUCACCCAAGUGUUUUGAUCUUUAUCGCAAGUCAAAUCGCAAUCACAAUAUUUUGUCAAAAACAUUGUGUUUGAUUUUUUGCCAAUAUCGUGCUGCCCUAAUUUAAAAAGUAGAUUUAUGAAUUCACACAAUCCAUAACAUUUAAAGAACAUAAAUUCAACAAGGACAAUCGGAAAUACGCAUGCCCUCUCUCACUUAUUCGUAACACCUGCCUUCGGUCCCAAUUUACAUACUAUUACACAAUGGAUAAGUAAUGUACCAUGCACACUAAAUAGUGUGUUGCUAUAACCAUUGGAAUGCAUAGCUAAAUAACAAAUUGCCGAUCUCAACAUGUAAACAAUUCUACACAACAGCACACUGGGAAAAAAAUUCUAGUUGUUUCAACUAAUUAUUAUUAGGUAACUGGUUCCACAGCCUUUUUUACUUGAACGUAAAAUAAAUUGUUGGCUUAUCUCCAACUUGAGAAAAUGUAUACAAAAGUUCAGUCAACUUAAAUUAAUGUGUUUGCUCAACUUGUCUCAUAUUUCCAUUCAACUAGAACUUAUUAUUUGAGCAAAUAAAGGUUUAACUAAAAAAAGGCUGUACAACUGGUUACACACACAGUGCUUUUAACAUACAAUAUUUUCAACUUACAUAUUUGACACCAGUUGACAUACAUGAUUACAUUGUGCAUGUCCAUUUAUACAGUAAGUUAUACAGUAUGUCCUCACCUGGGAUUUGAACUCACAACCUUUUGGUUCAUGGCAUUCCGAUCUUCCUGCUACACCACCAUGUCUGUGUCAAUUAUCAGUUAAUCUGAAAAGUCUCUCAUCAUUGAUUUUAUUGACUUAUUUCAGCAAUUUAAGGGUUUUCUGUGUAGUUGUCUAAUGUUGGUGGGGCAUAUUUACUCUGUUUUAAUGUUACUCCUUAAAUAGUUUUACUUGAGUGUACUUUUAACAGAGCUGAGAUUUAAUUUGAAGUGCAAAGUGUAGCAAUAGAGGUGAAAUCAGUCAUUGACACAGACAUGGUGGUGUAGCAGGAAGAUCGGUAUGCCGUGAACCAAGAGAUUGUGAAUUAAAAUCCUAUGUGAGGACAUGUUGAAUAAUAAUUACUGUCCAUAUGAACAUGCACAAAGUAAUCAUGUGUGUCAAAUAUGAAAACAUUGUAUGUCAAAAGCACUGUUUGUGUGUGUGUAACUAGUUCCACAGCCUUUUUAGUUAAGAUGGCCAAAUAAAAUGUUUUUUGUUGUCUGAACAUAUGAGACGAGUUGAGCAAACACAUAAUUUUUGCUUAAGUUUUGUCAAGUUGGAGCUAAGUUUGGGCCAACUAAAAAUGUUAAGUUCAGGUAACACUUGAGUAGUUGAGUAAACAACAAAAUGGUUUGGAACCAGUUACAAACAACUAGAUAUUUUUUACAGUGUGCACUUAAUCCUUACAGUUCUCCAUGUUUUCCACAAAUCCUGUUUUGUGCUGAGCCAGCAGGGCUGUGUAUAGAGUAUGUAAAUCCAUCUGUCUGCUCAGGGCUCACGCAGGCAGGUGAUCUGUAUGCGUAGAGCACCAUGUAAGAUGUCCGCGGGUUUAUAAGGUGCAGAGUGCACUGGCAGAUGCUGUAAAAAAAGAAAAGAAAGGAAGACGUUAACUUGGAGAUGUUACUUUUCUCUCUGGUGUAUAAAGCACAUAACUACUCCCAGAUGUAAAGGAACAGCAUGUAAGAGAUGGAGAGAGACAGAUAUAGAUCCAAUGCAUCCCCUUCUCCUGAGAUACUCUCUGUUGAGGUAUGUGUCCAUAGCAGCCUAGCACAGUUCAGUUCCCCAUGGUAAAAACAAACAAAGGAUGGUAUAUGUAUAUCCAAAGCACUGAUUUUUUUUUCAUUUCUACAAUUGUAAAGUGACUUUGGAUCCUUGAAAAGCGCUUUAUAAGUCCAAUGUAUUAUUAUUAUUAUUAUUAUUACUCAGGUUAUCUUGUACUCAGGCUCUCUUGUACAUAUUUAUCUUUGAAACAAAACUUUUAAAAUGAUGAAAUUCUAACUUGUGAGCUGUAUAUUCAUGUGGUACCUACAACCCAAAUGUCCACUAUGCUAUCUAACAACCCAAGGGUCAUCAGCAUGGUCUAAAUCAGGUUUCACAGUUCAGGCAAAAGGGUACAUCUUGACUUAGGAGGUCUGCUGAGGGGCACAGUUGGUGGUGAAUGUGGGGGUCCAUAUUAUGUCAUAUGGUGUCCAAGGUGACCUCUCUCCUACAUAGACUCCUGCAGUAUUGGAGUAUCUGAUCCAGAACAGAGAGGUAGACACACAACACUUGAGGUAUAAGAUGCCCUUAACAACAGAUCAAGUAUCAGAUUACCCUACCCCUUAACUAUCAGAGAGAUUAAAACCUAUCUGAUGCAGGAUCAGCGAUUAGAGGUGACUUCUACUUACUUGGAGCCACUCCAGGCUGGAGAGAAGGCUUCAAUCUGAUUAGGUCUUUAUUUCAACCUCUCUGGCGCCUCUCUGGUUUAACAGCAUCAGGAGACGAUUCAGCUGCCAUCCCCAGUAGGUGAUCUUAUUCUUUGAGUUUAGAGUUUCGAAAGGCAAAUUGAAGCAACAAACAGACCGCUGUUUCACAAGAAGUGGUCUCCACUGUUUGUCCUAAUACAAUUUAACUGAGUCCAAGUCACAAGUCUUUAGAUGUGGUUUAAGCUACAAGACAUUAACACUAGUACUGUAGACUCAGUCAAAUGUGUUUUUAUUGGGGCAGUCGUAUCUGGUCUAAGAGCUUGAUCGACUACAACGGAGUAGCCUCUAAUGAUGACAUCACUGCACUAUGCCAUGCCUACCUGCCACUGCCAUCUAUGCAUGGUCAAACCACUCACUUAAUGGAAUAAUAAUCUUUCACAUCAGGGGGUCACAGUUAUUCAAGCAUGGUUGAUGUAACUCACCUUCUUGCUGACACGUGAAACAUGACAGAGCUGGAAGUCCCUACAAAGUCAUCCAGGACGCACUUUCCGCCCUUAAAGGACAAGCUCAUAUUUGUUAUGUAAAUGGCAUGUUAUGGAAGAGUCCAGACACUUUUUUUGCGAUUUCACUUGGUUUUGAGAAACCCCAACCAGCGAUAUACCUUCUCAUGUUCAUUCUGCAGUGCCAGGGCACGGAUAAUUUUUUAUACAAAAACUCCAAAACACCCAAAUACAUCAUUUUAGAAACAUCAACACUCUCAGUAUAGUGAUGUAGGUCAUUAGAUGUUAUACACAUUAAAUUGUGUCAUUACGAACUUUAUCUUCAACGUUACAUUCCAUUUUGUUGGACUCAAGUGAUACUUUUCCUUGUGCGAGCAUGCACUUGCUUUCUCGUUCCCAUUGUGGUGAUACAGAACGAUGCUGAAACUCAGGUUUUUCACUUUUAAAUGAAUGUCAAACAAAAACCAGUGAUUGCAAAGUUAAACAAACCAUACAACUCUAUGCACAAGGACAACUUUUGUUCAGUGGAAAUUGUUAAAAGUAAUCCUUGUGCAUAGAGUUGAAUGGUUUGUUUAACUUUGCAAUCAUUGGUUUUUGCUUGGCAUCAUUCUGUUACCGUGGAAUUGACUUUAACACUUCAUUCUGUUCUCUAAAUCCUUUGCAUUUGGUGUUUUCUGAAACUUGGCACUUAUUUGUGAGUAUUGCUCAAGGUUUGUUCCUUUCCUCCUACAAACUGUGCAGAGCAGCUGGGAUGCUGCUAGCAGAUGUUUGUCAUUACCUCGCCCUCCCCAUUUUAGAUUAGUAACACAUGAUGGCACCUCGUUUAGAUAACCUUUCAGAGAGAGUUGCUAUGGAGGUGGUGGCUACAGAACACACUGACACAUUGUACAGAGCAUACCUUAUGCUGGUGACACACUAUAACACAGUGCCCUCUAGUGAGGUUUCUGUGCCAACACUACUCUUCAACUUCUGGUUUGUCAUUCCUAGGACCGUGAGAAGCCCAGUCCGCCCCAGAAGCCCCUGCCUGCAGACCCUCUAGGCAGGCGUGCUCGGGUGGAAAGCAGCAACUCAGGUGGUGGGGGUCCGCCUCCCUGGACCCAUCCCCACCGUGCCCAGACCCCUGCUCACCAUCCCACAACCAAACAGGUCUGUGCUACGGUGGCCUGGCUGGCACAAAGUUUAUAG